AUGGUUACUGGAGGACGGAAAAAAAUCUUACUUAAGGUCAUCAUUCUCGGUGACAGUGGAGUCGGGAAAACAUCUCUUAUGAAUCAAUAUGUCAACAAAAAAUUCUCGAAUCAGUACAAAGCUACUAUUGGAGCCGACUUCCUUACAAAAGAAGUCUUGGUGGAUGAUCGAUUGGUUACUAUGCAGAUCUGGGACACAGCUGGUCAGGAGCGAUUUCAAUCGCUGGGUGUGGCAUUUUAUCGAGGUGCUGACUGUUGCGUGUUAGUUUAUGACGUGAAUAAUAGUCGAGGCUUUGAAUCUUUAGAUCAAUGGAAAGAUGAAUUUUUGGUGCAAGCUUCACCAAGAGAUCCUGAAAACUUUCCUUUCGUACUUUUGGGCAAUAAAGUAGAUGUUGAGGAAAGUAGAAGAAUGAUAACGCAAAAACGUGCGAUGGCUUGGUGCCAGGCGAAUGGAAAUGUGCCAUAUUUCGAAACAUCUGCCAAAGAAGCGAUCAACGUUGAACAAGCGUUUCAAACAAUUGCUAAAAAUGCUUUAUCUCAAGAAACUGAUGUUGAUAUUGAUUUUCCUGACACAAUACAAAUACCGAACAGAAGACAAGAACAAGAUCCAGGUUGUGCUUGUUGA